AUGAAGAACAUAUUCAAUUUCAAUCGGCUGUCAAGGCCGCCUUCCGCCACUCCUUCACCGGCGCCGGCGUUAACACCAGCAGCACCGGUCGCGAACACUCUCGUGCACACGACUCACCUUCAGCCGAAGUACACCGUUCCGGCUGUCCCACAUCCACGCCCGCACGAUCAUAUCGCUAUAUUGGCUACCCCAGAUGCUUUAUUACUCAAACCCCAUCUCAAUGGCUCGAAUCAGUCACAUCCUUAUGUUUCCAUAUCGUAUGGCAAACAGUAUAAAGUUGAGGAGCGGGAGGAUACCGGAGAAGGGCACGGGGCAGAAUGGGCUUCUGCCGCAGUCGUGUACGGAAUCGUAGGCAUAAUAGACCUGUAUACCACAUCAUACCUGCUUGUAAUAUCUUCGAAGGCCGAUGUUGGCUCUGUACUGGAUCCCGCACAUGCAGUUCAUGCUGUCAAGAAUGUGGCGGCUAUUCCUCUCGUCUUCGAUCGUGCCCUCAAGGUCCUGUCUGCGUUGGCAUCCAAGAACGUGACAACGGCCCGCCCGUCGCUUCUCCCUACGCCUUCGACCGGGGAUGGCUUUGAAGGGAUACCAGUUGAAGAAGCUACGCCACUGGCGGCCUCAGAGCCUCGUGUCAAGUUUGUAGACGAACCUGAGGUCAAGACCUUGACACCUUCGGCAACCGAUCAGACUUUCAACCUCACCAUCCCGGAUCGUCCUGCUUCCCCCGUCAGCAGUAUGGCGUCUAGCAUCUCCAGCCUGAAUUCUGGUGCAACCACGCCUACCAGCGAGAAUAGCCCUUCGACUACGACGCUUGCGAAGACGCUGUCAGACCGCCUGUCGUUCUGGCAGCGUCCCAUACGUCGUUUCUCCGGCGGGCCUGAUUCUCCCGCCUCAGCACAGCCAGGAAUGCAGAGCCUUGCAGCUGCUGUCGAAGCCAACAAUCAGUCCACCGACGCCCUUAGCGACAAGGAAGAUGAACUUCAGGCUCUGAUCGCGACGCCCGCACCAACCCCCGUGACUGAAGAAGAGAAGAAUAGGCAACUCGAGGAGAAGAUCUUGCGCCAGACUGUGAAGGACUACGCAAGAGGCGAAAUGUACUUCGCAUACGACUUCGAUCUCACACGCUCGCUUCAGCAUAAGCAGGACCUGCUCUGCCAUGUAGCCACGAGUGCUAAUGUGGGAGACGAGGUUGAUGUCACCGCCGAACCGACGCCCGCCUUACCUCUAUGGCGCCGUGUCGAUCGACAGUUCUGGUGGAACGAGCAUCUCAUGCGGCCCUUCACGGAGGCUGGAUUGCAUGCAUACGUUCUCCCUCUCAUGCAGGGCUACGUGCAGGUGUCAACCUUUGCAGUACCGCGCGAGCCGGAGGUCAAUAUGGGCGAGGAGGGAGAUGCCGCAGUGGUCGAUUACAUGAUCAUAUCGCGUAGAAGUCGGGAACGUGCUGGCUUGAGGUAUCAGCGCCGCGGGAUCGACGACGAUGCAAGGGUUGCCAACUUUGUGGAGACGGAGGCGAUCACUCGCAUCAAUCGUGAGGGGGUCACAAACGUCUUCAGCUAUGUGCAGAUUCGCGGAUCCAUACCGUUGUACUGGACGCAGUCGGGCUACAGCCUGAAGCCUCCACCACAGUUGGAGCCUUCCCAGACUCAUGCGCAGAACCUCUCGGCACUCAAGCGACACUUCGAGCGGACUGUUCCUGCAUAUGGUGCCGUCACUAUAGUCAACCUUGCAGAACAGCAUGGAAAGGAAGGACAAGUGACGUGCGCAUAUCGCGACUAUGUGGCCGAGGCGGAUGUCCCGGACGUCAAGUACUGCGAGUACGACUUCCAUGUAGAGACGAAAGGGAUGAAGUAUGAGAACAUUCAGAAAUUAAUCACUGACCUUGAACGUACCUUCGAGUCGCAAGGAUACUUCUGGGUGUCGGAUCGACAUAUCCUCUGUCGGCAGACCGGCGUCUAUCGUGUGAACUGUAUUGACUGCCUCGAUCGCACCAACGUUGUCCAGUCCGCCUUUGCACGAUACGUGCUGAAUAGGCAGCUUCUAGCGCUCGCGCUGUUCAACCCGGAGAGUGGACGGUCGGACGUCGAUGUAGUCUUCAACGAUGUAUGGGCGAACAACGGCGAUGCUAUCAGUAGAGCAUAUGCUGGAACUUCUGCCUUGAAGGGAGACUUCACGCGCACGGGCAAGCGCGAUCUGGGUGGCAUGCUGAACGACGGCAUGAACUCACUUGCGCGAAUGUACGCUUCGACAUUCAGCGACUGGUUCUGUCAGGCAGUCAUCGACUAUAUGCUCGGAUACCGUACUCUGGCUGUCUUUGGCGAGUUCUUGAAUAAGCUUGCGAGCACUGAUCCGCGCGAGCUCAUCCGCCUGGGUCGCAUCCGAGCUGAAGCUGUCGCUACGAGUGUGGCUCGUGUACUUCCGGAAGGAGAAGGCUUGCUGAGUGGCUGGACGCUUCUCUCGCCUGCUGAACUCAACACGAAGACUGGGGAGAAGUGGGAGGAGAAGGUUUUGCUCGUGACAAGGAAAGCGCUCUAUAUCGUGAGCUACGACUACAACUUGGAGAAGGUCCAGAUGUAUACUCGUGUUCCACUCGCUGAUAUCAUCGAGAUUCAGAAAGGCGCCUAUAUUCUAUCUCCGCUUCAAGAAGCGUCAAGAGACCCGAUACAGAAUGCUGGCUUCAUCGUACGCUGGCACACACCAGCCAGUACCACUCGUGUGACCUCUUACUCAUUACGGAACUCCCUCGACACGCCUCCGCCGCCUUUAUCUCCGAGCGUUCGUGACGCAUUCCCGUCACCUCCGACCACACCCAAGGCUCGAAUGUCCUUCGGCAGUCCGCCAACCUCGCCCUCUCCUCUCAAUCCCGACUCCACACCCAAGAAGGAAUCGACCUCUGAAGCCGACGAGUCCACAUCGGCGGCAAAGCCUACGCUCGUGCGUGCAUUAUCACGCCGGUCCAUGGCGCUAGGUAUCGGGGCACCUCGUCUAUCAAACCUCCUCGCCGGUGCGGCCCCCGCGCCGGACACGAAGACCACGUUUGCGGCUUUCAAGGCACUGCCUGUUGACCCCGCGCGAUCGCGCCGUGGAAGCGCAUUCAGCGAGCCUGCCGAUGAGCUCGCGGGCGCGGCUACGUGCCAAGAUGCGGUGGAGCUCAUGGUCAACGUGAUUCGCGGCGCGUGCGAAGACAUAGGAGGCGGACGUUCGAUUGAGGGGCGCACGGACGCGUUCGUCAAGGAUGCUGACAUCGUCGGGUUGGCGGAAGCGCAGCGUAUGACAACGGUGUACGCGAAGAUGGAGUAUGGAUUGAAGCGACUAUUGUGGCUCGGCGGAUAA